AUGCUACGAACUAGCGGGUACCCGGACGAAUAUGGCGACAUCACCGCCGCCAUCCCACCCGUCGUCGCCCAACUCGACCAAAUCAGGGAAACCGCCGACUUUUCGCGUCGACUCACGCAAAAUGAGCUUCUGACGGUGUCUGGCCUCGGCGAGCGCUACUACACGAAGGGCCGCGAAUUCGAGCUCAUUCGCACUCUGCCGAUACCACAAGAGCUUCACACACAGCAGCUGCAGACCCGAGCCCGAUGCGAGUUGGGGCUGUUCCCCGAGAUUGGCCGUGCCUGGGUGGCCAUUGAUUGCGAUAUUUAUAUGUGGAACUAUGAGACAAAUGAUGAUCUCGCCUAUUUCGACCAAAUCCAGAACACCGUCGUCAAGCUCGCGCUGGCGCGUCCGAAGCCAGGUGUUUUUCAGGGCCACAUCAAUUACAUGCUGAUCGUGGCAACGGUCGUCGACAUCUCGCUGUUUGCCGUCAGCUCGAACGGGCAUGAAGUCUGCGUCACGCCGGAUGCAAUCUACAAGGUUGAUCUCGAAAAUUCGAUCGUCAACGAUAUUGUCGCCACCGACAAUGGGCGUAUCUUUUUCGUGGCCGACGAUGCGCUCUUCGAGCUCGAAUACACGGAUAGCGCGUGGUUUGGCAAGAACUGCAAGAAGAUCAACCGGUCCACAAAUCUCCUCCAGAGCUUCAUCCCAUUCCUGCAGCCCGUUGCUGAGGAGAUACUCCAAGUGUGCAUCGACCGCUCCCGCAACAUCCUCUACACGCUGUCGGUGAAGGGUUCGAUCAACGUAUACGAUCUGGGCAUCAACGAGAAGACUUGCACGCGGGUGGCGACGAUGGCCGCCGAGCAUAUUAAGCACGUCGCCUCGCAACUCACCAAGGGGCAGCACGACCCCAGCCUCUUCAGCCCGAUCAUCUCCAUUUCGGUCAUCCCGGCCGAGGGCUCGCAUUAUUUGCAUUUGGGCACCGAAGCCACCGAAAUUGACAGACUCUGGAAGACGGUGGGCGACAUCAACUCGUUGGUGCUGCUCCUCUCGUUGCUCUCGUCGGAGAAGCCGAUUGAUCAGGCGCAACAGGAUAAGGUCAUGCGCUUGUUCCACUCGCAAAAGGACCAGCCGGAGAUGGUCGACUACGAUCAGGGCGUGUCGCGCGUCUGGAACGAGGCCAACGACUCGUUCAGGGACUGGACCAAUCGAAUGCCAUCCCCUCUGCGCUCGUCAACACCGUUCGUCGACAAGCGCAUCAGCAACAACUCGUUCAACGGCAUGAGCCCCGGCGGCCAGGACUACUCAUUCGUCCAGGGCUCCUCGACCCAGCAAUUCCGCGCCUCGAAACGCCACGAUGCCCUCUACGCCUAUUUUGCUCGCCUGGUCGUGCCGCUGUGGAAUCAACCCCUUGUUCAAAAGGUUGAGGAUGCGUUGUUUCCAUUGGUUUCGGCGACGACGCUCAAUUGGAUGUCCCACCAGCUGCGGCUCUUCCGCAUGGCCAUCAACGACAACAACCUGAUCGCCCAGCCGACCCCUGCCGUCGACCACAACAACAUGAACGCCAAAUUCCAAGCCGAGGCGUUCGCCCGUGAACAUGCGUCUCUGGUGUCCCUCGCCGAGCUCGUCGACCGCACCCUUGAAGCCCUGGCACUUUGGGCCGAAGCCGUCUCCCACGAGCUCCCAGCCGUCUCUGCCAGUCUUGAUGCCCAGGCCAUUACACAACUCUCUGGCCGUCGCCUCUCCGACCUGGUCACCAACGACACCCACCUCAACCAGUACAUCAUCCGCGGCCUCAUACGCUUCUUCCUGAACGACGAGGCCGGCGCGGGCAUACUGUCGGAGCGGUUGCGCAAUGUUUGCCCGACGUUGUACAGCAAAGAAGACGCGCUGCUGACGAACGCCGUCGAACUGCUCGACCGGGCCCGGCGUUCGGGCCCGAGCCCGCAAACACGCAAGCUCGUCGACCAAGCCGUCGAGUACAUGAAGCAGUCCAUCUCCAAGGUGCCACUUCCCAGCGUCGCCAUCGAGUUGAUGGAGUUAAAAGCCUACGAUUCGUUGGUCGAGCUGGCGAUCCGGCGCGCCGAAUGUGACGACACGUCGAAGCUGGCCGUCGAGGCGUUCCGGAACAACAUCGCCCGCACCGAGGUCAACAAGAAGAUGGCCGACGCCGUCAAUAGAAGGGAAGACGCCUACCGUAUCAUCACGCGCGCUCUUGAAGAAGUGGGCGGCACGGCGGACACGGUGACGGCGCGUGAUCAAAUCAAGCAAGCCGUCUUGGCCAGCGACGACGAGCUCGCCCACGCCACGCUGUUCCGGUGGAUGAUGCACAACGGCGAGACCGACAAAAUUCUACAGUCUAAUUCGCGGUACAUCGAGGGUUUCUUGAGUCACGAGAUGGCCCGUGGGGGCAGCUACAAAUACAUCGACUUGUUGUGGAAGUACUUUGAGAAAACGGGCUCCUACGACAAGGCUGCCACGUUGUUGCGAAGACUGGCCGAGGACAAUACAUUCCCCGACAUUACCUUGGAGCAGCGCAUUGCCCACCUCUCGCACGCCAUCAUCUGCGCCGCAUCGGCCAGCGACCCGAAAAUCCGGCAGGGCAUUCAGGAGUUGCGCGACAAGCUCGACGUGGCCAACGUGCAGCUCAGCGCCAAACAAGUCUUGGCGCGUGUCAACACCCCGGAGUACCGCAAGAUUGCCGCCGAGCUCGAUCGUCAGCUGUUUUUGCUACAGGACAUUUGCGAGCGCUACAUCCAGCCCUACGGCCUGCACCGCGUGAUGCUGACCGCAUUCUCCUGCGCCAACCACUACAAGGAGGACGACAUUCAGGCCCUGUGGAUCGAGAUUUUGGAGCAGGAAAUGGAAGGCUCCCCUGAUUGCGGCAUGGAAAAUGUGAUCAACUGUCUUGUGGAGCUCUCCCAGCUCUACCAAUCGUCAAACUAUUUUCCUACAGAAUUUAUCAUCACGCAGCUGUUGAUCAUGGGCCGCGAUCGGCGUUUCCCGCCCACCUUUUACACGCGGCUGAUGGACAAGAUGAAGCUGCAACUCGACACCUUCCUCCGCUACCUGUGCAAUGAAUUCAACUCCGACCGCAUCUGGCGCCACAACGAGAUCGCCUUCGGCUGGAUUCUGACACUGGCCGAGGCGGUGAUGGAGCGCUUCAUCGACAACAACGAGGAUUACGAUGAGGCUCAAAGACUCGCCAACCGGGACGCCUGCUACGACUGCAUCCGCGCCCUGUCGAUCAACCUGAAGCGGAUCGGCGCCGAGAAUGGCUUUGAAGCCGCCAUCGAGCGACUGGACGUGCUCAAAUCGCGUCUACACCACGGCGUCGGCGCCGACAACCAGAGCAUCUGC